CUUAGUCUAUCAUGUACAGUACAAUACACUAUAAUGUUAUUAUGCAUUGGUAAAGAAAAAUGUUUUAGAGUUUUUAUAAAAUAUUCAUUGUUGGCUGAGGAGUUUACUAGUAAACAUUCACUGUUUUUUUUUUAUCAUACUGUAGAAAACAGGAAAAUUACUAUAUUUUUGCUUCUUUACUAGACAUUUCUAGAAUACUUUUGAAGGACAAUUCUAAUUCCAGCUUCAUCAGGUGUUAAAGUUCCUGUCAAAAUGAUGGCAGAUGGCAACGAGCAAAUUGUUACCUAUACCCCAAAAGGUGCAGGAGAGCACACGAUUAAUGUCAAGGUAGGCUACCACCAUUUAGGUGAUAGUCCCUACAAGGUGAAGGUCUUUGACCCCAGAAAGGUCAAGGCUAUUGAUAUCCAAAAGAAAUGCUACACUGGGAAUACCUGUACAUUUCAAGUUGAUGCUACUGAAGCUGGAGACGGUAUCCUGGAGGUGGUGAUCCUUUGUGAGGGGAAGACCAUACCACACAGACUUACCUCCCUUGACAACGGCUUCUACGAGGUGUCGUUCACGGGGGAGGAGCCUCAACGUCACAGGAUCCACAUAACUCUUAAUGAGGAACUUGUCAAAGGAAGCCCGUUCUGGAUAGAGUAUGUGGACGAGAUGGAGGAAAUGCUGGCGGAGUUUGAACGUCAACAGUUCGUACAGAUACGUACACUAGCAGGCAUUACAUUCAGGGGCACGGCCGGGAUGAUAGAUCAGUUCAGCACGGAAAUCAUAGGUACAGGGAAACAGUUGUACUGGACAACGUUAUCGAAGCUGGAUUGUCAUCGUCAUGUUUUGAGUACAAGAUAACUCUUUUUUUAAAGUAGUCUGUGUCAAGACUGCUGCAUAUUUCUUUUUAAAACGAUAUAUAUGUCAUGGCUGUCGACCCUCCCUCAUAAGGAGGGAAACUCCCUCAUUUUUAUCAAAAUUUUCCAAUCUCCCUCAAAUUUUCCUCAUUCUAAUAGUCCAAACUCACAAAAAAUCAAAAUCUACAUCCUGUGGUCAAAUGAUCCCCUUGUUGACAAUGCAGG